GGAUAAAACUGAAAUUAGAAAGCGCAAGAGUUACCACACACGCGCAUAUACAUACAGACUGUGUGCAUCUAUUCAGAGAGAGAGAGAGAGAGAGAGGGGAAAGGUCUAUCUGAGUGUAUAUUUUUAUAUGGGCAGUACUUUAUAAAGUUGCAGGUUUUGAGUGUAUGGUUAUUUGUUGCCUGUUGCAAAUAAGGCAAUAGAAUAAUCUGAAUUCUAUAUUUAUAUUUAUAUUUAUAUAUAUAUAUGUUAUAGGGUGUAGGGAGAAGAGGGGUUGGUCAAGAUUUGCUGUCUUUGCAUAUAGUAGUUCUGCCACACCCUCUGAUAAAUCACAAGUCGUCUGCUUUUGUGUUUGGCCGAGAGAAUCAAGAGAAAAUCUUUGUGACCCGUAUCAUAAUCCCUCAAGAAUCUCCAUGGAGGCUACAGUUAGCUACUCACAAAACAUGGAUGAUGAGUAUGAGAAACUCAUAAGAAGAAUGAAUCCACCAAGAGUUGUGAUUGAUAAUGAAGCCUGCAAAAAUGCCACUGUGAUACAGGUGGAUAGUGCUAACAAACAUGGUAUACUUCUUGAGGUGGUUCAAAUCCUCACCGAUCUUAACCUUAUUGUUACCAAGGCUUAUAUUUGCUCUGAUGGAGGAUGGUUCAUGGAUGUCUUCAAUGUCACGGAUCAAGAGGGAAACAAGGUAACAGAUGAAGCAAUCUUGGAUUAUAUUAUGAAGUCUCUUGGCCCGGAUUCUUGUUUUGCAUCCUCGAUGAGAAGAUCGGUUGGCGUGACUUCAGCAAUGGACCACACGUCGAUCGAGCUAAUAGGAAGCGAUAGACCGGGUUUGCUGUCUGAGGUGAGCGCUGUGCUCACCAAUUUAAAAUGCAACGUGGUGAACGGGGAGGUUUGGACACACAACACCCGAGCUGCAGCCAUAAUGCAAGUGACCGAUGAGGAUAGUGGCGGUCCAAUCACUGACCCCGAGAGGUUGGCAAUGAUUAAGAAACUCUUGUGCAACGUACUCAAGGGAAGCAACAGAUCUAGAGAUGCGAAGACACAGGUCUCUCCCGGGGUCACUCAUACCGAGAGAAGGCUUCACCAGUUGAUGUUUGCUGACCGAGAUUAUGAGCAUACAAGCGAGGAAGGUUUGAAUAAUCAAGAAAGGCCUAAUGUGAAAGUUUUUAAUUGGCAAGACAAGGACUACUCCGUUGUGUCGAUCCAGUGCAAGGAUAGACCGAAGCUUCUCUUUGAUAUAAUCUGCACUUUGACAGACAUGCAAUAUGUGGUUUUCCAUGGCAAUGUAGAUACUGUGGGACCAAACGCUCACCAGGAGUACUGCAUUCGGCAUAUUGAUGGAUCCCCGGUUAAAUCCGAUGCAGAAAGACAAAGAGUAAUUCAAUGUCUUGAGGCUGCAAUACUAAGAAGGGUAUCCGAGGGAUUGAAGCUAGAACUGUGUACUACUGAUAGAACUGGGCUGCUGUCUGAUGUGACUCGAAUCUUUCGUGAGAAUAGUCUCACUGUGACCAGGGCCGAAGUCACGACAAGAAGUGGCAAAGCAGUGAACACGUUUUAUGUUCGUGAUGCCUCAGGGUACCCCGUAGAUGCCAAGAUUGUGGAGUCUGUUCGGCAAACAAUUGGGCUGACAAUUCUCCGGGUGAAAGGCAGUUGUGAAGCGUUAAAUUCAGCUCCUCCUCAGGAAUCUCCAACCCGGUUCCUCUUUGGUGGUCUCUUCAAGUCGAGAUCCUUUUGCAACUUCGGUUUGGUUAGAUCCUAUUCCUGAAAAGGGCAAUUCACAGCCAUAGUCCUCUUCUCUAGAUCAUCCUAUAUUCUUGAAAGGGCAAUUCACCAUUUGUAUAUUCCAGUCCCCCGCUUUUAGGCUCUCUUUUACUCAAAGUCACAAGAAAGUUUCUUCCUUUUCUUCAGGUCUACAAGGACAUCAUAGCUAGUGAAUGUAAAUGUGGUUUCUUUCUUGCUUUUUUAUUUCUCAACUGGAAUGGACCAACACCAUGUUGAUCUAUCCAAAGAUGCAUUCAUAAUACAGUGUAGUGAUUUAUUAUUGCCUAGCAACUGUCACAGAGGCAGUGGUGUGUACAGAUUUAUUUUCCCAGAUUAUGAUUUAGUGACUUUUUUCUAACUA